GACCUAUCACUGCCCCCCUGUGGUGUGUUGUAGACACUCAUUGGAGGCGUGCCCAGUGAGGGGUUGCAGGAGUACAGACCUGAAGUAGCUGAUGUGAUGGAGUAAAUUGAGUAUGGAGAUUAACACGACAGUAGAGAACGCCUCGGAUGUGAUGGACACAGAGCCACAAGAAGGUAGUAUAAGACAAGAGGAUGGUGAGGCUGAAGGUCUGAGCCAGGAGGCAAGGGUUGAUGAUACCUCCAGAAACCCCAAGGAGGAGGCAAACGAUGAGGCAUCAUCAAUUACUCACACCGAGAUGGCGGCAGGAGGUGUUGAGGAGACAACAGAAGCAGAGCCAAAUCAGGUGAAUGAAGAAACGGGUGAACAUGCAGAGAUCUCUGUCUCCGUGGAUGACAUUGGCCCAGAGAGGAAAGGAUCUGGGAAGAGCAAGAGACGGAGGAAGAGGGCGAAAGAUGGUAUCCAUAAAGUGACAAUGACCGUCACGAUUGCCAAAGCUAUCCCUACAGCUGAAGAGGAUGUUCCUAAGCUGGACGAUCUGAUGCGAAAGAAGAAACGCAUCGUAGAAGCACCCAAAGCACAGAACUAUUACCAUUGCCAGUACUACCUGUUGCCUGAUGAUACAGAAGCUAUCAAGACGGACGUUGUGACCUUUGGAAUGGCUGCCAAGAUCUACACAGAACACGACUCCAAGGUGCUGAAAACAUGGCAGGAGAAGAACCAAACAUGGAUUGCUUGGUCUCACAGUCAUACGCUUAAGGUGACAAAGGAACUUCUUCUGAAACUCUUCAACCACACCCUGGAGCUCCGCAUCUGGGACUCCAAGGAGAAGGUCUCCUCCCGCGCUCGUUUCGACCGCCCCAAAGCCUUCCGUCUCCCCCAGGCUAAGCCAGGGGAGGAUGCUGAAGAUGUCGGUGGCGUCCGCUCACUGGUGAUGAAGCAGUCAGAGAGCUACAUGUCGCUUCAACCUCGCAAGUCGUUCAUUGAUCGGCCUGUCCCGCAGCAUGGUCCAGCAGAGCUCAAGGGCAUCAAGAACUUUGAUAGGAAAGAUGCUAAAGGGAGACCAGUCCCUGCUUCGCCAGAGAAUAUCUCUAAGACCAAGACUCCAAGCCACACUCCCACAACGGAGGUUGCCGUAGUGGAUAAGACGGCUAGCGGGGAGGACGUAUCAGGGAUCUCUCCGAAGGAGACGAAGUACGAUAUCUUCUCAGCUGUCCCGCUGGCCGAGGUGCAGUCUGGUGAAAUGAAGUCCUACAGCCACCUCAAUAAGCUUGCCGGACUACCCCCUCCAGAGGAGCUAAAGGAAAUCAAGAAGAAACUCAAGAAGGAGAAGAUUGUUGCCCUGGCUAAGAAAGAAGGGGAGGGGCUUAUGAAGAGGCAGACGCAGGUGGAGAGCGGAGGCAAAGGUCGGGACUCUUCUCAGGGCAGGGGAGGAGACAGUCGAGCAGGAUCAAACUCGGCACCGACUCCUGGACGUCGAGGUCUAAAGGAAUCGCCCCAGCAGAGAGAGGCGAGAAGGAAGUCACACAAGGCAGAGCAUGCUGCAGCUGCUCUAGCCAUGUACAUCAAGCAACAUGGCAAUGCUUGUAUACCAAUACGCAUGAAGCUACUCUUCGCAGGUUUACGUUCAGUCACCAAUCGCCUGACCACACCGGUACAUGGCCUGGAGGACGUCUUCAUCACAGUCUCUCUGGACGGUCCCCUGAUGUCUGAGGCACUCAGGCGAGAGUUGAACCCCCUCAUUAUUAAGGUCAGCUCAGCGUCUUCCAUGCCCUCCACACCGCAGUCCUUCAGGGAACUGUCCAGGCGCUGCAUGCCGGUUUACACAGCCUACACCUUCUUUAAGGAGCCCAUGUAUGAGAGUUGCCGGAAGCCGCAUGGCAGAAAUAUAUACUGGGAAGAUGUGAAUGUGGAGUUGUUGGGUAUUAUACCGAAGGGAGAGUUAGUUGAGUACUUUCAUGGUCCACCUUUAGAGGUUGAGGUGCGUGACAGGGAUCGUCGGCCUGAGGAGAUCAAACAGAAACCAACGUUAUUCGGGGAGGAUAUUGAAGAUGAUAAGAUCAGCAAUGUGGGUAUGGUGACCGCCAAGCGUACUCUUCACAACCCAUUCCACACUCACAUCAAGCCCUGGGAUCCGUACGGCUUGGCUAAGUUUGACCUCUCCGACCUCCUGCUUGGUGAGCGAGUCUUGAACCUGACCUCGCCCAUCCACAGCUGCCAACUACCAGAUGUGAUUGGCCGCAAUAGAACAGACACCAGACUCAUUGGAUAUUCAAAUUCAGCGGAUGGCCCAAAGGAUGAACCAUUACCAAUGGGUCACUAUUUGGAAUCUCACAGUCAGCUUAAGAUCAGGGUAGAGGUAUCCUACCCACUGACAUCAUCGCAGGAGGUGAAACUCAAAGAAGAGAUGGAAACACCUCCAGAGUGUCCAUUUGCUAGGAUGGUGUACAUCUUUGAGUGCAAGAACACAGAGUUUCUACACAUGCUGGUGAAGCUUGUAACUUUGAUCAACGCUACUGCACUGAACCUAGAUCAGAUGCCACCACAUAUCAUUGAGGCAGCGUUAUCCACCUACAAACUGUCUGAAGCCCAACAGGAGAGUCCGAUCCUAGACAUUGUGACUGGUUUCCAGGUCAUGGACGGCGAGAAACACAUCUUUGUCCUAGAAGGCCUGAGAGAGAAAGCUGUCAAACUGAUGUGGGAGACUCUACCAAGACCAAAAGCCAAAGAUGCGGUGACAUUCCAAGCGCUUUACAAUUCCAACAUGACGUUCAGUGAGCGACGUUACGCCAGCCUGGACGUGGACCUGUGCCGUGUACGCCUUCACGAACCCCUGUCAUCCAUCGUUCAGCAACCCUUACUGUACGUGAGAGAUAUGAUCCCAAAGCUCUGCUUAGAUGCUAUAACCAGACUAGACAUGCUUCUCCGUCAGGACAUUUUGAGGAAUGCAACACGCAAUGACCUCUUCCCAACCGCCGAAAUGAUUGUCUCCCUCAGUAAAGAGUUUGGAGUUCCACUCACCGCAGCUGACUUUGAAGAAAUGUCAGAAAAAGAGGCGGCAACACUCCAAGACGAAACCAGGCAGGCAGACAUAUGGAGAGCUCAAACAGCCUCUCCCCAACACAGACAAAGGGAAUGGACCCCCCUGGAUCUGUAUAAUGACAGGUACCUUGACUUAUUGGAGGAGAGACGCCUUAAUGGUCAGGAGAGUGACCACAUCAAGAUUAACAUUGAAGCAGUCCAAGAAGUCAGCAACAGGAACAAGAGCAAGAAAGUCAAGCCUGUAACAAUCCGCUCAGAGCCAGAAAAUGGAGUGACCCAUAACUACAGUACUCAGACGUUGAAUUCAACUGAACAGGCCAAGGAGUUGUUACGACAAGAGCUGGCAAAGGAGCCUGAUCGUCGUUUCACGUACUGUGAGGAUUAUAACUCGGCCACAGUGGUACCCGUCAAUGUGGAUGUUGUGAGGAAACUACAGGAGCUUGACUCAGUGGACGCAUGGCAGACUGCCGAUGGGUUUAUCUUCCCUGGGAUGCAGGCUGCCCUCGAGGACAACGCACACUCCAGACAUCCAGAUGUGGCCCGCAGAGAUGAGCUCAAGCAGCCUUGGAAGGAAAACACACUCCAUGCCAACGCCUUAAAACCAACCCUGGAGGAACGAGAUGGCUACUCUUGGUCCGAUCGUAAAAAAGACAUGGACGUAUGGAAGCGUCCCUCCAAAGGGUUUCAACCAAUCCCUCCCAUCACCAUCCACCUCGCUGGAGACACACUCAACGCUGAGAAACGUGAGGCCAGGAACCUGGAGUUGGAAGACUGGCGGACUAAGAUUGUCACCGACGACACCCAGAUGAAGUUCCACCGCUGUGCCACGGAUACUGAAUUGUAUUAUCGAGGUCCCAAGUCCAGUAGUCAGGUAGCACGUCUCAAGGGUCUCCUGAAGGAUGAGCCAAAGAAACUCUCCUUGAGACAGGCCGGGAUGAACGAUAUCCCAGCGCUGGCUGUUGUGAAUGAUCCAAGCGUGGACACAUUGGCGAGGGAAGCUGGAGUGCCCAUCAUACCGGCUGUUGACCCACAGGAAGUGGAGAGGAAUUGUGGGUUCAUGCCAGGGCCAUACGACGACAAGAGCUGGUCCAUGGAGAAAAAUAAGAUUCCAAUCAAAGAUAUGGAGCACGCAAAGUUUUCUGAACUGAAGAAAUAUGAUUUCAAGUUGUACCAUAAAGAACGUGGGGCACUCCACAAACGCUUUAUUCAGCCCCUGAACAAAGAGGAUAAAAACAACCACCUGUUCCGUACCAUGCCAGUCACAAACACUGCCCCAGUAUACUCGGCGUCCAAGCAGAAGCUACGCCCUGGGAAUGAGUGUUUCCGUCAACCGUCUCCAAGCCUCAAAGCCAAGCCGUUACAGACGGAGUUUUACUAUCCAAACCGGGAGCAGUUCUGGAAGACAACCUGCCAGCGGGAUGUCACCAACCGUAGGCUUGUCAUGCAGAAUGAUUCGGCGUAGCGGAGUGUUUGUUUGUUCUUGUUGAAACUUCAUAUUUAUUCAUUUUUAUAAGACUCUUGUAAAACUAUCAA